UAAAGAUGGCGCCCAGCCCACAAAUCAACAACUCCCUCACCUUCCCCCGAACACUAAUUCCCAAACAAAAAAUGCAGUGAAAAAUCGUGAACCCACCCACCGAGAGUGCAAUAUUGUGAUGUCGAAUGAUGAAGUAGUUAAAUGCGUUCAUCACGCCACAUCCUGGUGAAACUGACAGUUCUGGGGGUCGUGAUACUGCUCCUGUACUGCCUGCAGACGUCCAACGUCUGGACGAGCCACCUGGUGAGUCGGAAUGCUCCGCCGGAGGACCCCCAGACCUCCCCCCUGAGCAAAAUCCCCCAAAAUACAUCAGUGACAUCGCCACCCCCUGCCAAGUCCCCACAGCCCCCCAGGGACAGCUACUACAAUGUCUGGAGCAUCUUCACCAAGGUGACGACGAACUCCCCCAUGAGGCGGAAGUUCAGGAUCUUCACAGAGUCCUUGAUGAGGCACUCGACUGUUGACCUGACGUUUCACCUCAUCAGCGACGACGACAGCCAGGUGAUUGCGGACGAUGUCAUCAAGCUGAACUCCUUGAAGCUGAACAAAACCAUAAACGUGCAAUAUUACGAUGUGCACAAGCUGGCACAUCAGCUGGAGGACAUUGUCGAGGUCAUGUCCCCAAAGUUCAGUAGCAAACCAGGGACUUACUACUCUGAUGCACUGUUUUUUCUCUCCCUGGGGCUCCACAGGAUCGCCUCCCCACAGCAGAAGUUCGCUGUCAUGCUGGAUGUCGACACGAAACUCAGGAAGGAUGUGAAACUGCUGUUCAGGGAGUUUGAGGGGUUCGGGGACACUGCCCUUUUUGGACUCUCCCCGGAGCUGACACCUGUUUACAGACACGUUCUGUAUCUGUACAGGAGCAAGAACCCGGAGACUCGGUUCGGAGAGGCUUUUGGAGGUGGGGGGUAUCCUGGGUACAAUAGUGGAGUGGUGCUGUUUCAUCUUGAGAGGCUCAGGAACUCGCUGGAAUACGACCAGAUUGUCAGCGAGGACAUGGUGGAGCAUAUGACUGAGAAGUAUAGCUUUAAGGGCCAUUUGGGAGAUCAAGAUUUUUAUACUCUACUUGGCAUGGAGAGACCUGAAUUAAUCCAUACCGUCGAUUGCGGAUGGAACCGACAAUUGUGCACGUGGUGGAGAGAUCGUGGAUACGCUGACGUAUUCGAUAACUAUUCGAGAUGUGACUCAGAAGCGAAGAUAUGGCAUGGCAACUGCAACACGCCAAUUCCAGAGGACUAAGAACUCUUCAACUUCUCUCCUUCCAACUGUGAUUUUCAACGGCAAUAAAAAUGCUAUUUAAGAUUAGGAGUAGAGACUCGUAAUUUAAUAUUUAGGAAAGCUCAUUCUAUGGUUUAUUUACUCUCCAACUAACUUAUUGUACAUUAAUUCCAGUAUUCACGUAACUCUUAGUUGAGUUUCAACUUGUUGCCAUUGAUGGAUUGAGUCGGUGCUUCAGAAUCUUGUGCUAUUGAAAAUUUUAUAAAGUGGACAGAAUAGAGAAGAAUAGAAUUAAUUUAAAAAAUUAUUUUCUGACGAGAAAACAAAUUAUUUCCAAUCACUUUAAAAAUUAAUUCAAAUUAAGGAAAAAUUGACAUUGGAUUUCUUUAGAAAACCAAUUUCUCUGUUUAUGCUCUUGAUUUUCAACGGCAAUAAAAAUAUUUAAGAUUAUGUGUAGAGACUCAUAAUUUAAUAUUUGGAAAAGCUCAUUCUAUGGUUUAUUUACUCUCCAACUAACUUAUUGUACAUUAACUCCAGUAUUCAUGUGAUUCUUAGUUGAGUUUCGACUUGUUGCCAUUGACUUGAGUCGGUGCUUCAAAAUCUUGUGCUAUUGACAAUUUUAUGAAUUGAAUAGAAUAGAAAAGAAUAGCAUUCAUUCAAAAUUCUAUUUUCUGACAAAAAAACUCAAUUCUUUCAAAUUAAUCUAAAAAAACCAAAUUCAGCAAAAUUGACAAUAGAUUCCUCUAGAACUCCAAUUUCUUCAGAAUUUUUGUGCAUUUGAGCCCUUGUUUAUGCUUUUGACACAAUGACCACGAAAAAUAUCAAAGAAAAAUUCCUUUUUUUCUAUUUUUCAACAGCAAUUUAUCAGGGAUAAAGCAAUAAACCCCUGAUAAUUAAAAAGAAAUCAUAAUCAUGAAAGACGUGAUAAAGUUGAUCCAAUGUGCUGUAAAAAACGCGAAGACAAUGAAGAUAAAUCUUUUUUCCACCUGUUAAAACAUUAAAUGAACAAAAUAAACCAUAAAUAAUUAUCGAAUAAUUUUAAUACACAUUGAAACAAAUAAAUACAUAGAUUAUACACAUCCAUUGGACCCUAACUCGAUGUAAAUACGCUCGAAAGUAUUAAACUCAAUGAACAUUGGUGCUAACAGCA